CCAUCUCGGUAGUAACUAACGUUAUGUUCUCGAGCUUGUUUAUACUGACUAGUCCACAACACCCAGUUCCACAGUGGAGAGGCGACGGAUUAUUUCCUCACAUUUUCUUCCAAAAAUACACAUUUAUUGGUGGAAGACGAUUUACUGUUUGAUAUGGCUGCUAUUUCAGCAUGGUUUUGGAACGAGAGGUUUUGGCUCCCACACAAUGUAACUUGGGCGGAUCUUGCAGACCCAGCGCCUGGAGUGGAGUAUCCAAAAGCUGGACACUUGCUCUCUGCCUUGCCGUUGGCUUUGUGGAUCUUUGCCGUCAGAAUACUGUUUGAGAGGUUUGUCGCCAGUCCUUGUGCCCGAAGCCUUCAUAUCCACGCCGAGGUGUGCCGACGAGCCCAGCCUAACGCUGUCCUGGAGAAGGUUUUUACUUCCAUCACUAAGAGCCCAGACUCCUACCACCUGGAUGGGCUGUCCAAGCAGCUGGACUGGGAGGUGAGGAAGGUGCAGCGCUGGUUCAGGCACCGCAGGAACCAGGACAAGCCUAGCAUGCUCACCAAGUUCUGCGAGAGCAUGUGGAGGCUCAUGUUUUAUCUCUGCAUAUUUACUUAUGGAAUCCACUUUCUGUGGCAGACACCAUGGAUGUGGGACACGCGCCACUGUUGGUACAACUACCCCUAUCAGGUUCUGACUCCUGGGAUGUUCUACUACUACGUGUCAGAGCUGGCCUUCUACUGGUCACUCAUGUUCUCCCAGUUCACCGACAUCAAAAGGAAGGACUUCCUGAUCAUGUUCAUCCACCACCUGGCCACCGUCAGCCUCAUCAGCUUCUCCUACGCCAACAACAUGCUGCGGGUGGGCAGCCUGGUCAUGUGUGUCCACGACUCCUCGGACAUCCUGCUGGAGGCUGCCAAGCUAGCCAACUAUGCCAAAUACCAGCGGCUCUGUGACUUCCUGUUCGUAGUGUUUGGAGUGGUGUUCUUCAUCACGCGACUCGUCAUCUAUCCUGUGUGGAUCCUGAACAGCACGUUGUUUGAGAGCUGGGAUAUCAUCGGGCCCUACCCCUCCUGGUGGCUCUUCAACUCCCUGCUGCUGGUCCUGCAGGUGCUGCACGUCAUCUGGUCCUACCUCAUCGCGCGCAUCGCCAUCAAAGCCAUGCUGCGGGGAAAGGUGUCCAAAGACGACCGCAGCGAUGUGGAGAGCAGCUCAGAGGACGAAGGCGACCCGACCAAAGAGCGCGUCAAAGCCCUGUCGCUCCGGAGCAGCUUCCCUAAGGGAGAGAACGGCACCAACGGCACCAACGGCCACUGCAUCCCCCGAGCCCGGGCACACAUCAGCCACACCUGCUGACACAGGCAGGCCCAGCUGGAGGCAGGCCCGCUCCGUCCAGACCACCCCCCCCUCCCCCCUCCUCCUCCAGAGAUGCACUGGGCACAUAGGCAGGCCCAGCUGGAGGCAGGCCCGCUCCGUCCAGACACCCCCCCCCCCCUCCUCCUCCAGAGAUGCACUGGGCAGUAUCUACACUGUGCAGUAUCUAUCUCUGUCCUCAUGAGAUUCUCCUGUUCCUGCUUCCUGGCUGGACUUUAAAGGUUCCUAGCCUUGUUCUCAUCUCCACCA